AUGGAAGAUAUAUAUGCUGUAAAUGGAACAUGGAAUAAUGGGAGCAACAACACAUAUUUUAGCUCAGACUAUCCUGUACCCGUCGUACCAAAAUGGGGAUUCUGGGCAAAAUUUCUGUCAACUCCAUUAAUUGUUCUCAUAGGCUUAAUGGGAAACGUGCUCUCCUUCAUUGUCAUGAAGACCAAACCAUUACGUCAUAAGUCGUAUUCGCACUACCUCUGUGCUCUCGCUGUGUUUGAUACUUUGACCUUAAUUAUCCGACAAGCAGAAAGUGUGGAUGAGUACCUCGUGUCGUACCGGAAGACCAGUGGUAUCUUCCAUAACUUCAACGAUAGCAGCUGUAAACUGUAUAACUUUACUGUACAUGUUAUAACAUUAAUGUGUUCUUGGUUAGUUGUGUUUAUGGCAGUAGAACGAGUAAUAGCUGUGUGCUUUCCAUUUAAGAAGGUUAACUUCCGGAAAGAAACUGGCGCAGCAGCAGCUAUUGCUAUACUUUUCGUCAUAGUAUGUUUGACGCAAUCGUUCCGGUUUCUCAUGAUUGAACAUACUAUUUACGAUGAUAGGAACAAUAUACGAGACUGCUUGGCGGCACAGGACUACAUAGAAAUCUACACAAGCUUGGAUGUAUAUUUCUUUCUUUGGACACUCGUGUUUGUGUUACCUGUUAUUUUCAUUAUUGUUUGUAACAGCUUUGUUUUGUAUCAUAUAUUCAGGGUGAGAAAGGACCUACACAAGGAAGACAAUUAUCUUACAUACAGAAAUGGCAGAGCCCGUGAGCGGAGGCAUAGAAGCACGUGGAUGUUAUUAAUAGUGACAUUUAUGUACAUAAUAACAUUGUUACCGUUAUUUACACUCAGUUUAAUAGUGGAUGUAACAAUUAAAGUUGGGUCUCUAGAAACUGCUAGGAAUACGUAUGUUGCAUUAAGACCCUACAUUGACGUAUCUGUAUCUGUCUCAUUACUUAAUUACGCUGCAAACUUCUUUAUCUACGUUUUGUCGGGGAAGAGGUUCCGUUUUGAAUUGCAAAAGCUUUUUACAAAGCAGAGGGUGAUUACAAGAAGUUUUACUGCCAGGAGUACGAGGGAAGAAUUAUUCAGAUAUGGUAGUUAA